UUUCUAAUGCUGUCUUAGUUAAUUCAAAUUUAAGUUUUUGUGUUUCUGUCUGUUUCCAUUAAAGCAAGCACCACAGUCACUCAAACUACCACAGCCAUGGGAACAAAUGCUAAACACUCAACAAAUGCCAUAACACAGGAAUCAAGCGAGGAAAGAAACAGGCAGCUGAAAGAGCGUCUGGCUAGUUUAUUUCAUGCCAACGAGCGGCGGUCCUCACGCUCUGUGAUGUAUGGUUCUGACCUGAUCAAGACCUGCUUUGUUUAUGAGGGACACCCUCCACCAGCCUUCCCCGCACCCCAGCACUCCCGCUGGUCCUGGGUCGGCAGAGACAGCUGUAUUAGGGCCCAGUGGACUUGUGUGUCCACGGUGGCCCCACUCCGCUCAGCGAUUCUCUCCAACACGGAGCAGGAGGCAGCAGCAGGCACUUUGUUAAAGAGGUUCUCCUGCAUACUUCCUGCUGCUGUGGCCCCUCCCCCUCAGCUGUAUGCAUCCAAUCCUCCACCAUCUUACAGUCUUGCACAAAAAUCAUUCAGGCGACAGCUACAGGAAGUGUCCGCUCCACACAACGCAGAGAUCCGUAACUUAGCCUGUCCUCCUGUCGUCAGAUUCCCUGAUGUACACAUGCUGGAGAUGGAUUCAG